UGCUGCUCGCUGGUAGCUGUCUCUCAAAAAAGCUCCGGCGACGAGGAAUAUGACGGCAAUGGCGAUCUUCCGUUCGAGGACAUGGCUCUCCAGAAGCUUCUCGAGUCUUUCUUCUCAUCCCCUUCGCGUCUGUGUGGUCGGCAGCGGACCUGCCGGCAUGUACACCGCCGAGAAAAUGCUGAAGGCGCACCAGGGGGCAGAAGUUGAUAUCAUCGAUCGUCUGCCGACGCCUUUUGGAUUAGUCCGGUCAGGAGUUGCCCCCGAUCACCCAGAAACCAAGAUUGUGACGAAUCAGUUCUCAAGGGUCGCGCAAAAUGACAGGUGCUCGUUCUUUGGGAAAGUCACUCUUGGGUCCUCCAUUUCGCUCUCGGAGCUGAGGAACUUGUAUGAUGUGGUUGUUCUUGCAUAUGGUGCUGAAAGUGACAGAGCGCUGGGUAUUCCAGGAGAAGAUCUUUCUGGGAUAUACUCAGCCAGAGAAUUUGUCUGGUGGUACAACGGGCACCCAGAUUGCAGAAACUUGAGUCCUGAUUUGAAGAAUACCGAUACGGCUGUUAUACUGGGCCAGGGGAAUGUAGCUCUUGACGUUGCUCGUAUCCUUCUACGCCCAACAGAAGAACUGGCAACAACUGACAUUGCCUGCCAUGCUUUGGCUGCCUUGGAGCAGAGCUCUAUCAGGUUCUUACCCUUGCAAUCAUUGGCCCUUAAUCAGAGAUCUUGCUUGAAAUCUGUGAUUUGUUGUGCUAAGAGAAUGAGCUACUACUACAGGAAAGUCUAUUUGGUUGGCAGACGCGGACCAGCCCAAGCAGCUUGCACUGCGAAGGAGCUACGAGAAAUUCUUGGCACAAAAAAAGUACAGAUUCACAUCAAGGAAGAAGAUUUACAUAAAAGCCCCGAAGAUGAGGAAGAGCUGAAGAACAGCCGUAUCAGAAAGAGGGUUUAUGAGUUGCUCUCCAAAGCUGCCACCACAGGACCUUCCCUUCCUAGUUCUGGUCAACGUGAACUUCACUUUGUGUUCUUCCGGAAGCCUGAUAGCUUUUCUGAGUCAGCUGAGUACCCAGGGCACGUUUCUGGUGUACACUUAGAGAAGACGGGUCUCAAAGGUGUUGGCAGUGGGAAGCAGAUUGCCGUUGGCAGCGGUCAGUUUGAGGACAUUGAGUGCGGUAUGGUUCUGAAGAGCGUUGGCUACAAAUCAGUGCCUGUACCCAGUUUACCAUUCGAUCAUAAGAACGGUGUGGUUCCAAAUGCUGGAGGGCGGGUCAUCAGCGAUACUUCCGGAGACCCUGAACUAAUCGAGCAGGGCUUGUACGUAUGCGGGUGGUUAAAGAGAGGGCCAACGGGCAUCAUUGGGACAAACCUGCACUGCGCAGAGGAAACUGUGGCAAGCAUAUUGCACGACCUUGAACAUGGCUUGAUAGCAUCACCGUCUACGUCAACGAAGCCCGGCAGAGAAGGUCUCCUCCAGUUGCUCGACGACAGGAACGUGAGAGCUGUGCCGUUCAGCGGUUGGGAGAAGAUAGACUGUGAAGAGAGGAAACUCGGGAGUCUGAAAGGCAAGCCCAGGGUGAAGUUAGGCAGCUGGGAGGAUUUACUGAAAGUUGCAAUGUAGUUUCAGUUUUUCGUCUGUACUUCCAAAACUUCAGUGUUAUACAUUUUGAUGGAUAACAUACAAUCAUUUAGUAACGACGAGUUGUAUCGGUUAAAUCAUGCGUAUUAGAUAGGGUUUAUCGUACGAUAUUGUAAUGACUUUUUAUGCUGUUUUCGUACCAAUUUACAAUGGUAUUCCAUUUGUAAUAACUAUCGAUUAAACAACGAUUGUGUCACUAAAAUUGAUUACCAUUCCACAAAACAGGAUUGUAGAAGAGAGCCAGAGAGGGUAUCUAAGUGGAAGGACAAAGAAGUUAGAG